ACCUUUUUCCUGUGCCUCCAUCCAGGAAAAGGAGAGGAAAGAAUCUCCAGCCGAACCCCAAGAGAAGGAGUCUGCCAGGAGUCCCAUAGCUGGAGGGAUUUGGCAGGUGCCUGGCACAGAGCAGGGACAAGAAUUUCCCCACCAUGCCACAGGAUGUAACAUUCCUCUUCUUCCUCCUCCUCCUCUUCUUCGGCUUGUUCCUGCAAAGUGCCUUCUCCCAGCAUGGACUCAUGAAGCAGACAAACAGAUGCGAUCAGAAGUCUCUCCUGACAAUGAGGACUGAGUGCAAAUCCUGUCCACUCAACUUUGACAUUGAGUGCCCCAACGGUUUCACCAAGGUGACCAAUGGCUCAAGAGGAGUCCGAGAUUGCAGGUACACCUAUGAGCUGAGGAGGUAUUCACUGUCUCUCCCUGGGUGCCGCCAUAUCUGCAGGAAGGUUUAUCUCCAGCAUCAGUGCUGCCCAGGCCACUGGGGCCCCGACUGCAUGGAGUGCCCAGGAGGAGCAGAGAACCCCUGCAGCGGCCGGGGGCGCUGUGCUGAAGGCUUGGAAGGAGAUGGGAGCUGUACCUGCCAGACAGGGUUUGGAGGAACAGCCUGUGAAACCUGUGCGGAUGACAACAUAUUUGGGCCCAACUGCUCAGCAGUAUGCAGCUGCGUGCAUGGUGUGUGUAACAGUGGGAUCCACGGGGACGGAGCCUGCCAGUGCUACUCUGCCUACAGCGGCCUUCACUGUGACAAGCCCAUCCCUGAAUGUGCAGCCUUGCUCUGCCCGAAAAAUGCCAGAUGUUCAACUUCCACGGAAGAUGAAACCAAGCUGGAAUGCAAAUGCCUUCCCAACUAUAGGGGUGAUGGCAAGUACUGCGAGCCCAUCAACCCGUGCUUGCAACCUGUGUGCCACCCUCACGCCCAUUGCACCUACCUGGGACCGAAUCAGCACAGCUGUGUGUGUCAGGAAGGCUACCAUGGGGACGGCCAGGUGUGCCUGCCAGUGGACCCCUGCCAAGUGAACUUGGGGGGCUGCCCUGCCCAGUCCACGGUGUGCAAGUAUGAUGGGCCUGGACAGUCACACUGUGACUGUAAGGACCAUUACCACAGCUUUGUGCCCGGAGUGGGGUGCCACAUGACUGACAUCUGUCAAUCACACAACCCCUGUCACCGGAAUGCCAACUGUACCACCAUCGCCCCAGGACAAACCAAGUGCAAUUGCCUAAAAGGUUAUGUGGGUGACGGUGUGAUGUGUUACGGAAGCAUCAUGGAGCGACUCAGAGAACUGAACACAGAGCCCAGAGGGAAGUGGCAAGGCAGACUGACCUCCUUCAUCUCGCUCCUGGACAAAACCUAUGCCUGGCCACUCAGUAACCUGGGACCGUUCACUGUGCUGUUGCCCACAGACAAAGGACUGAAAGGACUCGAUGUGAAGGAGCUUCUGGCGGACACUCAGGCUGCUCAGUACUUUGUAAAAUUUCACAUAAUCGCUGGGCAGAUGAGCACCGAGCUGAUGAACACCACAGACACAUUCUAUACCUUAACCGGAAGGUCAGGAGAAAUCUUCAGUGGUGAUAAGGACAAUCAAUUAAAGCUUAAACUCUGUGGAGGCAAAAAGAAGGUAAAAAUCUUACAAGGGGACAUGGUGGCUUCCAACGGGCUCCUACACAUUCUUGAUAGAGCUUUGGACAAGAUGGAGCCCAUGUUUGAGAGUAACACUGAGCAAACCAUAAUGACAAUGCUGCAACCAAGAUACAGCAAGUUCAGAUCUUUGCUAGAGGAAACCAGUGUGGCACAUGCCUUAGAGGAAGAAGGCAAGGGAGAAGCAUACACCAUUUUUGUUCCAAGUAAUGAAGCGCUGAGCAACAUGCAUGAUGGCACCCUUGACUACCUCCUUUCUCCAGAGGGAUCUCGGAAACUUCUGGAACUUAUCAGAUACCACAUCGUCCCAUUUACCAAGCUUGAAGUGGCCACUCUCAUCUCCACGCCUGAAGUCAGAAGCAUGGCCAACCAGCUCAUUGAGUUCAAUGUCACCAGCAAUGGACAGAUUCUGGCAAAUGGUGUGGCAGUGGAAGAAACCGAGGUGGCUGCCAGAAAUGGCUGGAUUUACACACUGGCCGGAGUACUCAUUCCUCCCUCCAUCAUUCCGAUUCUGCCCCACCGAUGUGAUGACGCAAAGAGAGAAAUGCAACUGGGCACCUGUGUGAGCUGUUCACUGGUGUACUGGAGCAAAUGCCCGGCUGACUCUGAGCCCACGGCACUCUUCACCCACAAAUGUGUCUACAUUAGCAAAACAAGGAGCCUGAAGAUAGGCUGUGCCAGAUACUGUAAUGCCACUGUGAAGAUUCCCAAGUGCUGCAAAGGCUUCUAUGGGCCUGACUGCAACCAGUGUCCAGGAGGCUUCUCGAAUCCAUGCUCAGGAAACGGACAGUGUGCCGAUGGCCUCGAGGGCAAUGGGACGUGUAUCUGCCAGGACGGCUUCCAGGGCUCCCGAUGUCAAUUCUGUUCAGAUGCCCAAAAAUAUGGACCUCGGUGUGACCAGAAAUGUCUAUGCAUUCACGGGACAUGUGAUAACAGCGUUACCAGUGAUGGGGCCUGCCUGGACGGCUCCUGCAGGGGUGGCUCGGCUGGCAGGUUCUGCCACAAGCAGACCGUGGCCUGUGGGCCCUAUGUGCAGUUCUGUCACAUUCAUGCCACCUGCAAAUACAGCAACGGGACUGCGAGCUGCGUGUGCAAAGCAGGCUACGAAGGCGACGGAGGUCUCUGCACCCAGACUGAUCCCUGCGUGGCCCUGGCCCCCGGGGGCUGCGGCCCCAACGCCCAGUGCCUCCAAACUGGUGCAGGGACCCACUCCUGCGUGUGCCAGCAGGGCUGGACCGGGGAUGGUAGGGACUGCUCAGCCAUCAACAACUGCCUGCUGCCCGGUGCUGGCGGCUGCCAUGACAAUGCCACCUGUCUGUAUGUGGGCCCUGGGCAGAACGAGUGUGAAUGUAAGAAAGGAUUCCGAGGCAAUGGGAUUGACUGUGAACCAAUAACUACAUGCUUGGAACAAACUGGGAAAUGUCAUCCACUGGCAACCUGUCAGUUUACUUCUGGCAUCUGGAGCUGUGUUUGUGAAGAGGGUUAUGAAGGGGACGGCCUUCUGUGCUAUGGAAAUGCAGCAGUGGAAUUGUCGUUUCUCUCCAAGGCGGCUAUUUUUAACCAUUGGAUAAAUAAGGCUUCUCUGCAAGCCAUGCUGGCUGCCACCUCCAACCUCACUGUGCUUGUCCCUUCCCGGCAAGCUGUGGAGAACAUGGACCAAGAUGAGAAGGACUUUUGGCUGUCCACAAGCAACAUCGCAGCCCUGAUAAAGCACCACAUGCUACAAAGCAUGUACAGAGUGUCGGAUCUGCAGGCCCUCACACCUGCGGAUAUGCUGGCCACAUCCCUGCAGGGAAACUUCCUACACCUGGAGAAGGCAGGCGAGAAUGUCACAAUAGAUGGGGCAUCGAUCAUCGAUGGGGACAAUGCUGCCACCAAUGGUGUGAUUCACAUCAUUAACAAGGUUCUGGUUCCCCAGAGAGGUCUGACUGGCGCCUUACCAAACCUGCUCACCCGGCUGGAACAGAUGCCUGACUAUUCCAUUUUCCGGGGCUACGUCAUUCAAUACAACCUAGCCAGUACCAUUGAGGCUGCCGACGCCUACACUGUGUUUGCUCCCAGCAACAAGGCCAUUGAGAAUUACAUCCAGGACAAGAAGCUGGCAUCCCUGCAGGAGGACGUAUUGAGGUAUCACGUGAUCAUGGAGGAGAAGCUCCUGAGAAACGACCUGCACAACGGCAUGCACCGGGAGACCAUGCUGGGCUUCUCCUUCCAGCUUGGCUUCUUUCUGCACCAUGACCAGCUCUACGUAAAUGAGGCUCCGAUAAACUACACCAACGUAGCCACUGACAAGGGGGUAAUCCAUGGCUUGGGGCAAGUUCUGGAGAUUCAGAAGAACAGAUGUGAUAAUAACGACACUACUAUCAUACGAGGAAAAUGUGAGACGUGUCACCAGCAGCCAGUCUGCCCAUAUGGAAUGAAACUACUAAGCAGAGAGAUGAAGAAAUGCAUCUAUACCAUUUAUUUCCAUGGCAGGAGAACCCCCUUCUUUGGGUGCCAGGCAAAAUGUGUGAAAACGGUCAUUAAGAGAGAAUGCUGUGCCGGCUUCUUCGGACCCCAGUGCCAGCUCUGCCCACGGAAUGGCAAGGACAUCUGUUUUGGAAAUGGGGUCUGCCUGGACGGGGUGAAUGGCACAGGCAUGUGCCAGUGUGAAGAAGGCUUCAGUGGCACAGCUUGCGAGACCUGCAUGGAGGGCAAGUACGGCCCCCACUGCGACCAAGUGUGCUCCUGUGUGCAUGGGAGAUGCAACCAAGGACCCUCAGGCGAUGGCUCCUGUGAGUGUGACGUGGGCUGGAGAGGCGUGAACUGUGAUGUCGCCAUCACGAGUGACAGCUGCAAUGGGACAUGCCACACCAGCGCCAACUGCCUCAUCAACCAGGAUGGCACAGCCUCGUGCAGAUGUGCAGCAGGAUUCCAGGGGAAUGGGACCGUCUGUACCGCAAUCAACGCUUGUGAGACCAGCAAUGGAGGCUGCUCUGCCAGAGCUGACUGUAAAAGGACCACCCCAGGGAAACGGGUGUGUGUGUGCCAGGCGGGGUACACUGGUGACGGCAUUGUGUGCCUGGAGAUCAACCCGUGUCUGGAGAACAAUGGUGGCUGUCACCAGAAUGCUGAGUGCACGCAGACAGGACCCAAUCAGGCCACUUGUAACUGUUUGCCCAAGUACACCGGAGACGGGAAGGUCUGCAUGCUCAUCAACAUCUGCUUAACUAAAAAUGGUGGCUGUAGUGAAUUUGCUGUCUGUAAACACACGGGACUGGAUGAGAGAACCUGUACAUGCAAGCUGGGCUACGUCGGAGAUGGGAUCACCUGCAGGGGCAGCAUCUUCCAGGAGCUCCCCAAGAACCCCAGAACUUCACAGUAUUUCUUCCAGUUGGUGGAGCAUUCCGUGCGAGACCUGGCUGGCCGAGGUCCCUUCACUGUUUUCGCUCCUUUGUCCACAGCCUUUGAGGAGGAAGCUCUGGUCCAUGACUGGGAUAAAAAGGGCAUAAUGCCCCAGAUCCUGCGCUACCAUGUGAUUGCCUGCCACCAGCUGCUUCUGGAAAAUCUAAAGGUCACCCCAAAUGUCACCACCCUCCAGGGGGAGUCACUUAAUAUUUCUGUGUCUCAGGAUACAGUGACUCUAAAUAGUAAAGCUCAGAUUAUAUCCAGCGAUAUCAUCAACUCCAAUGGGAUCAUCCACAUCAUAGACAAACUGCUGGCCCCCCAAAACUUGCUCAUCACCCCGAAAGAUGCCAAUGGAAGGAUUCUGCAAAAUCUUACCACAGUGGCAGCAAACCAUGGCUAUGUCAAAUUCGUCAACUUAAUCCAGGAAGCAGGCUUGCUGGGCCUCAUCACGGACCCUAUCCACACCCCGGUCACCCUCUUCUGGCCCAGCGACCAGGCCCUCCAAGCCCUCUCAGCUGAACAGCAGGACUUCCUGUUCAACCCAGACAAUAAAGACAAGCUGAAGGAGUACCUCAAGUUCCACGUCAUCCGGGACUCAAAGGUGUCCGCUGUGGAUCUCCCUAAGCCCGAUCCCUGGAAGACCCUGCAGGGCUCAGUGUUGAGCAUCCAGUGCGGGACUGGCAGCCACAUUGGUGACCUCUUCCUGAAUGACCAGGCGUGCAGGAUCGUGCAGCGGGAGCUCUUGUUUGACCUAGGCGUGGCCUACGGCAUCGACUGUCUCCUUACGGAUCCCACACUGGGAGGCCGCUGUGAUUCUUUUGACACACUCGAAGUUUCGGGAGUGUGUGGAAGCUGUAUCAAUACUCCCAGCUGCCCCAGUUGGAGUAAAGCAAAGGGCACGAAGCAGAAAUGUUUGUACAACCUGUCCUUCAGGAAGAGCCUGGAGGGCUGCCGGCAGCUGUGCGCCCUGGUCGUCUCCAUCCCCAAGUGCUGCAAGGGCUACUUUGGCCGAGACUGUCAGGCCUGCCCUGGAGGCCCAGAGGCCCCAUGUAACAACCAGGGAGUCUGCCUCGACCACUACUCAUCCACGGGACAGUGCAGGUGCAACGUGGGCUUCAACGGGACGGCGUGUGAGCUGUGCCUGCCAGGAAGAUUUGGACCCAACUGUCAGCCCUGUGGCUGCUCGGAGCAUGGAGUGUGUGAUGAAGGCAUCACAGGCUCCGGGCAGUGCCUCUGUAAGACGGGCUGGACCGGCCACUUAUGCAGCACGCAGGCAGUGUUGCCACUAGUGUGCACGCCUCCAUGUUCUGCUCAUGCCACCUGUAAGGAGAACAACACCUGUGAAUGCAACCUGAACUAUGAAGGGGACGGAAUAGCAUGCACAGUUGUGGAUUUCUGCAAACAAGACAACGGGGGCUGUGCCAGGGUUGCCAAGUGUUCCCAGAAAAACACCACAGUCUCCUGCAGCUGCCCCAAGGGCUACACGGGGGAUGGCUACAGUUGCACGGAGAUCGACCGCUGUGCCGACGGCUUCAAUGGCGGCUGCCAUGAACACGCCACCUGCAAGAUGACUGGCCCGGGCAAGAUCAAAUGUGAGUGUAAGAGCCACUACGUGGGCGACGGGCUGGACUGUGAGCCGGAGCAGCUGCCGGUCGACCGCUGCUUGCAGGACAACGGGCAGUGCCACGCGGACGCCGACUGUGCUGACCUCCACUUCCAGGACACCACCGUGGGAGUCUUCCAUCUCCGCUCCCCACUGGGCCAGUACAAGUUGACCUUCAACAAAGCCCAAGAGGCCUGUGCCAAAGAGGCUGCAGCCAUGGCGACCUACAACCAGCUGGCCUAUGCACAGAAGGCCAAGUACCACCUGUGCUCAGCAGGCUGGCUCGCAACAGGCAGAGUCGCCUACCCCACAGCCUACUCCUCCAAGAGCUGCGGCUCCGGUGUAGUUGGGAUCAUUGACUAUGGGCCAAGGAACAACAGGAGCGAGCUGUGGGAUGUCUUCUGCUACCGCAUGAAAGAUGUGAACUGCACCUGCAAGGUGGGCUACGUGGGAGACGGCUUCUCGUGUAGCGGGAACCUGCUGCAGGUGCUGACGGCCUCCCCCUCACUCACACACUUCGUGACGGACGUGCUGGCCUACUCCACUAGUUCCCCCAAAGGCCAGGCCUUUCUAAAACACCUGAGCAACCUGGACAUCCAGGGGACCCUCUUUGUGCCCCAGAACAGUGGACUAGAAGAGAACAAGACCCUGUCUGGGCGGGACAUUGAGCAUCACCUCACCAAUGUCAGCACCCUCUUCUACAACGACCUGGUCAAUGGCACUGUCCUGAGAACCCGGCUGGGCAGCCAACUGCACAUCACCUCCAGCCAGGGCCAGAGCCAGCAGGAGACCUGGUUUGUGGAUGGGCAAGCCAUUCUGCAGUGGGACAUCUUUGCUUCCAAUGGGGUCAUUCACAUCAUUGCCGGGCCUCUAAAAGCACCCCCUGCCCCACUGGCCUCAGUUCACACUGGCAUGGGGACGGGGAUCUUCUUUGCUGUCUUCCUGGUCAUCGGGUCCCUAGCAUCAGCUGUCUAUACUUACUUCAGACUAAAGCGGAGAACCACCAUCGGCUUCCAGCAUUUUGAGCAGUCAGAAGAGGACAUUGACGUCGCAGCUCUUGGCGAGCGCCAGCCACAGGAGAACUUCUCAAACCCCAUGUAUGAGAGUGCAGGCUCAGCGCCCCUGGAACCUUCCUGUGACCCCUUCAAGGACUCUGAAGAGCAGCAGCUGGAGAGCAGUGACUCCCUGGGGGCUCUGUGAGGCCACCUGGCCAUAGAGCCGCCUCAGGAAGGCAGCCAACUGUGACUCCUCAGCCCCAGCUGCCCUCUGGGGACAUCAGGUCAAGGAACAUGCGAAAGCACCCAGAAGCUAUACCUCACCUCUCCGGCCGGCAUGGGGUCUUCAGAGAUAUCCACCCAGAGGGACUGCACCCUCCCAUCCUCCCCGUAUGCCUUGAAAUGUGACAUUUUGCUCCUGCCGGCAGUUAACUGUAACCUUGACUUAUCUCCCUGUUCUACUGUCGGUGCCCCACCUCGACAGUGUCCAACAUGUGAAGUGUGCUCAAUAAAUGCUCGUAUGGCA